AUGCUAACUAAUAAUAAAACAAUUGCCCCUUCUUCACCGGCUAUAUCACGUAAGACCGACAGACCACCAAACCUACAGAAUACAAGACCUACAGAUCACAAGAUCGACGGAACACGAGACCGACAGACCACGAAACCUACAGAAUACAAGACCUACAGAUCACAAGACCGACAGAUCAUGAGACCUACAGAAUACAAGACCUACAGAUCACAAGAUCGACGGAACACGAGACCGAAAGAUAACAAGACCGACAGAUCACGAAACCUACAGAAUACAAGACCUACAGAUCACAAGAUCGACGGAACACGAGACCGAAAGAUCACGAAACCUACAGAAUACAAGACCUACAGAUCACAAGAUCGACGGAACACGAGACCGACAGACCACGAAAUCUACAGAAUACAAGACCUACAGAUCACAAGAUCGACGGAACACGAGACCGAAAGAUCACGAAACCUACAGAAUACAAGACCUACAGAUCAUAAGAUCGACGGAACACGAGACCGAAAGAUCACGAAACCUAGAAUACAAGACCUACAGAUCAUAAGAUCGACGGAACACGAGACCGAAAGAUCACGAAACCUACAGAUCAUGAGACCGACAGAAUAA